UAAAUAUCGUUAAUAAUUUCAUUAAUUUCGCUUUUCAUUGAUUUAUUUAAAAUGUGACAUUCGUUUCGGAACCACAUUCACAUCAGUCGCGAAAAAAAUGGCUGAACAACAUUAUAACGUUACGGCGGAACAGCGAAAAAUUUUAGAAGAAAAAGCUAAAAGAAGAUUAGUCCUCCGUAAUGAGUUCCUUAAACAAUCCGCCAACCCGUAUAGGCAUGCAUUGAACGAAGGGGGCACCGUCUUCGAUCCAGCAGUUCAACGAUUCGUUUCUAUGAAAGUAACCACUUACGAACACUUCAAACCGAAUUUCAAGAAUUCAAUAAUGUUCCUCGCCCUCGCCGGAAUUCCAUUUUCGAUUUAUUCUUAUUUCAUGUAUAAAUCGAGAACGGAAAAUGAAGCUCGAUAUCGAAGGGGCGAAAUCGCCUACAAAGACCGUCUAUUUAAAUUUAUUUAGAAAAAAAAAGACAUUAAAAAAAUUGGGAAAUCAAGGAAGAACUAGAAGAUGCAUGAUGUUGUUAGUUGGUUUUAAAAGUUUUUUUUUUUCGUGUAAAUAAAAGAAUUAAUCUUA